GAUCAGAGCCCGCAAUGAAGUGUCAGCGGAUAUCAGCGUAAACCCAGAAAUUCAAAAUGGCGGCUGUCAUUAAAAUUUGUAGAGCUUUCUUUUCUUCAAAUACAGCGCUGUAUUUUCCAAGAAGAGCACCGCAACCUAAGGGUGUUAAUACAAGUGUCCAAACAUCGACCACCGAGAAAUAUUUCACCUAUGAAAUCAAGCCAGAGCGACUUCAACAGAUUCAGAAGUCUCCCAGUGGUUGGGUUCCUUCAGCUACUGAAAAACCAAACUUACCUUUCUUCAUUAAAAGAUCCAAAUACAACAAUCUUCCAGUAUACACAGAUUACAAGAAUGCGAGAAGUCGUAAGAUCACUAUAAUAAGGAAAAUAAAAGGAGACCUUAAGGCUCUUGAUGACUGUUUGAAACACCAUCUUGGAGAUGAUGUUAUCACCUCAAUAAAUGAACUUACAAGCCAAGUGAAAAUCAAAGGAAUAUACAAAGAUGAAGUUGUGACGAUAUUAAAACGACUGGGCUACUAGAGAAGUAGCUUUGUGUAAAUAAAGACAAGAAUGGAAAACAUCAAGUUGAGCAAGCAGAACCAUUGUGUUGUGCAUUCUAUUAGUGUGAAUACUGGCAGAAAUUAAACAUGCUUGCAUGUACAAAGAAAAAACUAUCCAUCUCAAAAUUCUAGCACGUGAGAAACAGAAAAUGAACAGUGAAUCACUUGCUACAGAGAGCAUUGUCUGGUAGAUGGAGAGCCUGUCCUGCCAUUAUAAAGGAGACCAACAGACAUUGGUUUAAUAUGCAAAGUAUACAAAAAAACAUGUAAAUAAACAGUACUUUCUGAAACAUUU